GCGGCGGCCCGCCCCCGGGCCCGCGGGCCGGGCAUGGGCGGCGCGGCGGCGGGCGGGCGCUGAGGCGGGCGGCGGCAGCAUGGAGGCCAUCUGGCUCUACCAGUUCCGCCUGAUCGUCAUCGGCGACUCCACCGUGGGCAAGUCCUGCCUCAUCCGCCGCUUCACCGAAGGGCGCUUCGCCCAGAUCUCCGACCCCACGGUGGGCGUGGAUUUCUUCUCCAGGCUGGUGGAGAUCGAGCCGGGCAAGAGGAUCAAGCUGCAGAUCUGGGACACGGCCGGGCAGGAGCGGUUCCGGUCCAUCACCAGAGCCUACUACAGGAACUCGGUUGGCGGACUCCUCCUCUUUGACAUUACAAACCGCAGGUCCUUCCAGAACGUCCACGAGUGGCUAGAGGAGACCAAGGUGCACGUCCAGCCAUACCAGAUCGUCUUUGUUUUGGUAGGUCACAAGUGUGACCUUGACACACAGCGGCAAGUCACCAGGCACGAGGCUGAGAAACUGGCUGCUGCGUAUGGUAUGAAGUACAUUGAGACCUCAGCUCGGGAUGCCAUUAACGUGGAGAAGGCUUUCACUGAUCUGACUCGAGAUAUAUAUGAGCUUGUUAAAAGGGGGGAAAUUUCAAUCCAGGAGGGAUGGGAAGGGGUAAAGAGCGGGUUUGUCCCAAACGUAGUGCACUCUUCAGAAGAAGUGGUGAAAUCAGAUAGGCGAUGCUUGUGCUGAGCUCUUCUAGUGAGGCAAGUGGUGAUGAACUCUACUAACCAAACGUACUUUACUAAGUGAACUCAGUGUGACAGAAGGGAGAGCAACACUCCCGUUGUGAACAGCCUCCCACGUUGUUUUGGACACCAGAACAGACCCCAGAAAGAAAUGUUCUGUUCCAAAUAACCUUUCAGAACUGGGGGCUGCAAAUCUAAAGGAGAGUGAGUGAGGGUGCAUGUAGAUGUUGUAAGGAGACAGGAAGCAGAGAUGAGGGGCUGCACGAGACAGAAGAGAGUAUACAGAGAGCUGAAUGGGCUGGCACGUGCCAGGGUACUGUACAUGUCCUCUUUUAAGUAAAUCCAUAGCUCCAUGCUGGGUAUUGAAGCCACAGUAUGGGUACUUCAGUAGUAUGACAAAUAGGCAGAGAGAGAGAAAGAAAGAGGACAUCUUCACUUGUGUCAGCUGUUUAUUACCAGCAAGGUGUAAAGGCAGCACAGAUACCGUUUCCUCAUAAGGCCAACUCCACAGGAAAAGUUUACUGACAUGGUAUGCACACUUCUGAAUUUUCUUUCUUAUGUUCUUGAACCUAGUUCGAUAGCAAAGAAUAUUCUGUGGGAUUUAAAGAGGAAAACAGUAAUUAUUUGGUUGAUAAUUAAAAUUUAAAUUAUUCCCCCCCCCAAUAGUGCUGUUUCUUGCUGUGCUGAACUGGGAUUCUAAGUGGCAACUCCGGCUCCCGUUGUAAUUAUUCAGUGCAUUUUUACGCAUUUGCUGCCUAGGUGAGUACUUUGAAAGUACCCUGAGUUCAGGGCUUUCCAAUAGAAUUAAGUGCUCAAGAGCAUAAAGAGAGAACCAUGUCCUCAUAUGUUAUAUCUUAAGGCUGGGGUGUUGCAGGCAGGUGGGACACACCACCAUUUCUGUCUUGCUAACAGCACUGUGCUGACCUUUUGGGUGUCUUACCAGUCAGGUCACAAGGAGGAAUGGAAGCAGGGGCAGGAGGGAACCCAACAAAAUAAAAAAAAACUUGAAAAGCUUAACUCAGGUGCAUCAGACAUCCUAAAUGGUGAGAUUUGCUUUUAAAGAAGUUAAAUAGCGUGGAAAGCAACAGCUUCCAUCAGUACUUUCUGCUGUUGAAAGUGUCAUUUUCUUUCUUGGUGUCUGUGGCAGAAAAGAACUAGCAUUGGGAAGGAGGCGCACACAACAGAAGUGUCUGAGCAGGUGGAAAGGAAAGCCACAAGACAAGCUCAAGAAUAAAAUUUGUUUUCCUCCAUAUUUUAAUUUGACAAAAGAGGAUCCAUCUCAGGUUGGAAAUCAUGGGAUGGUAGUCGUGUCACAAAAGCUGUAUGUAGGCAGAUGUUUUCUGGGAAUGCCAUUCACUACUUCGAAGCUUUGCUUCUGCAAAGUUUUAACUUAAGCUUUUGAAGUGCAGCAUGGUAACUGUGCUCCUGUAGCAAACUAGGGAAGUUCAGCCUAUUAAAAGGAAACAAACAAAACUAUAGUGACUUUUUUUUAACUCGAGUUUGCAAGCUUUAUAUACCAAACUGCUAAUGGGCAGGAGGGAGGGGUUAGGUAAAAACCACAGGAAGCAUAUAGUGUUUGAUUUUUAGGCCUCUAAGUAGAGAAUAAAAUACUUGUUACAGUUUUUUAAGCUACCCCAUCUAUAAAAGUGUGGGUCUUCUUGAUUGCUGUUGAGUUCAGACUAUUUCUCCCUUUGAACUUGUUCUCACAGUUUGCAGCACACGGGCAGGUCUGUAUGAAGAAAAAACCCUGUGGUUUCCACAUUAAAGCUGAAAAAAAGACCCCAACAAACCCAACCUAUCAACCAAAUCCCUGAACAUUAAUAACACUUUUAUCUUCAGUGUUCUAGGAACAAUUUCAGUGCCAGGGAGCAGCACUGUUGCACCUGCUGGGAGGGCACUGGUAGCAAAUUAGAGGAAGGGAGGGGUGGUAAUGGUUUAGCACCUUUCAGUAAGCUUGUCACUUCUAACCCCAAUUGCUCUUGAAUAGGCUAUAAACUUUGUGCUAAAGCCCAGUGAAUUCCAGGCAGAUUCAGUUGUGGUUGAGUGCCCUGAAGAUUAAGAAAAAAAGGAAAUAAAAAAAAAAAAAAAAUCCCUUGUCAAAAUCUCUUUCUAGGUAAGCAAAGCUGGAGAAGAUUGAUGCAGAGAGCACCACAGGAGCUUUGGCUGCUAUGGGCUCUCACGGGCUGACACCAGUGGAGAGCGCAAGGUUUGCUCGGACCAGGUCUGUUAGUCGUAUUUUCACAAGGGCAAGGACAAACAAGUACGAAAGGGUCAGUUUCUUCAUUCCCUGAAUGGAAAGUCCGCCAAGCAACCGCUUUGGUCUUUCAGGGUCCAGCUGUUCACGAGGUGCGUCCUGGGUUGCCUCGCUGAGGGUAGUGGCUGUCCUCAAGGGCAGAGCUGGAGCGCUACGUUAACGGCAGUUAGAAGUUGGAUCAAACGGCAUUUUAGCAAUAGUAAAAUUCUGUCAUUCUCUGUGCAGGAGCCUGACCAGCAGGGGAAAGGUCACUUUUCAUGAGACAGCCAGUAUUUAUUUAAUGGGUUUUGGACAUUCCCCUUUACUGCUCCCAGAGAGAAAUUCCAGAAAGCCUAAUUCAGUAAGUGCAUUCAGGCCUUCAGAGAAAAUCUUCCAUUUAAAAAUACAAGUGUCAUAAUUCUAAAGAGGAACAGUACAGAAGAAAAUGUACGCGGUCUUAACUACUUAGAGGUAAUAAAUGGUUAUAUUAAAUGAUAGAGAAAUCAUUAUCUACAUCUUUUUCUAAUUCCUUGCAUUUUCUAGAGAGCUUAUUAAAAUAUAGGAAAUGUAGAUUCAUCUGUAUAAAAUUUGGAAUGUUUUUUCUAAGAUGAAAACUUAUAGGAUAUGCUAAGAAUUCUUUUCUAACAACUGGUUUUAAUGCUUUGACUUCUAGUGCAAGAGGGACUUAGAGAAAUCAGAAGGUGAUACCUUUCACAGGAUAAAGGUCAGGAGCUCUUUUACUCUAGGACAAAAAGAAAAAAAAAAAAAGCUAACUUCUCUGUGGUCUCUACCACACAUUAAAAAAACAAUCUGCAUGUUAGAUUGAAAUUGCUCAGAACCUCCAGAAUAAAAGCAUACUAUACACUUUCCUCGCUUUCUGUUAUGCACUGUAACGAAAUGUGAAAAUAAUGCUGUAUUUAGCUGUCUGUAUGUGACUGAAAAUAUGCUUGUAUUUAGCAAAAUGGUUACCAUGUGAUAAUGUGAAAUUCAAAACUUGUAAAGAAACUUUGGUGUUUUUUUUUUUUUUUUCUUUCCCCCUCCCCAUUCUUUAUCAGUAAGCAAUCUACUACCUGUACCACUUCCAUACUGCAGCCCUAACUGAAAGUCUAACAUGGGCUCGGCUCAACAAUAAACAGGCACUCUUUGCAACAGUA